CGUUCCGAUAGGGAAGAAAACCGAGAUUGUUACGAUGGGAUGAAUUCAGCAUAUGUGUUAGUCCUUCACCGAUAAAAUAACAUCCUUGUUCGCAUCACCCAAACGAAAUUGAGAAACACCGCACGAAAAAAAGUACACCUUAGGAAAAAAACAAAUAGAAAUAAAUUCCGAUAAGAUGUAAAAAGGAUAAGAAAAAACUAUCACGCUGACGCGUGGAAAAAAGAUAAAGAUAAAAGAAAAGUAAGCUGGACAUCGGGCUAUCUCGUGAAGAAGGAGGAGAAGGUGAUGAUGAAUAAAGGCAGGUAAAAAAACGUUGCGAGAUAAAAAAAAAACGAGGGAAAAAAAGGGGGAAAAAAGGGGGAAAAAAAAGAGGCGACGAUUAGAAAGGUCGGACGAGGAGAGCGAUAGGUGUAAAAACGCGUGGCGGAUCGGUCGUCGCGAGGGGCCGGGGGGCAGGGGAGGAGAAAGAGAACGAGAGUGAAAGAAGGAAGGAAGGAAUGAAGGAACGAGAGAGAGAGAGAGAUAAUAUGAAAGCAGAAAGGAACCCGAGAACGUGGUCGUCCCGACGCUCGACCCGACCCGACGCCCGACGCCCGACCCGACCCGACGCCCGACCCGUCGACGGCGGCGCUUAUCGGCCAAGAAAGAGGAGAGAGAUUGCGCAAGCGGCCUUCGGACGUUUCACAGAACCCCGAGGAUACGGCGCUUGCGCUACUAAGGGAAACAGAAAGAGAAAUGAUAAAGAGGGGGAGAAGUUGUGAGCACGAUUCAUCGCAUCUCGAAACUCGGUGCUGCGGCCACACCACUGGCACGAGAGGCUAGCUUAUUCGAUUGGUUGGUCGAACCGAACGGUGGGGAUGUAAAUGUUACGAUUGGUUCGAAUAGAACGAUCGGGCGCGGCGCCAUAUUGCGCAGAGUAGGGGCUGUGUUUGAACAAGUCUUGGCCGACUCAAGAGUAGCGGACUACACUCGCUAACCGGCCUCCAUCCAUACGGCAUACAGAGCUAGAGAGUAGUGUAGAGGUGAGGUGGUUUGAACAGGCACAAUUUAAACAACCCGAGCGCGCUUCUACGCGACGAACGGCUAGUGUCGCCGCCACCGUCGACGUCGUCGUAAUAGUCAUCGUCGUGUUGUUAUCAUCAUUGUUGUUGUUGUUAUUGUUAAUUGUUGUUGUUGUUGUUAUUGUUUUUGUUGUCGACGCCGCAGCCGCCGCCGGUAUUAUCGUUCGCGUAAGUGUUCAGGUCUCGCGUCGUUUGUCAGAACAACAAUUCCAAUUUGAAAAUAUACCGAGGCCGACCCGUGUGCGCGUACGACGAGAACCAUACACUCGCGUGUCAUCAAGUGUCCUUCGCGCCGACCCGACGGACGUGCAUACAUUCCUUCAUUCGAGAAGAACUAAGUGCACGAAUAGGAAAUAGAUAUCUUUCGUGAGAGUCUAUUGUUCAUUUUGAAAAAUUAUCACUGAAAUUCCGGUGAACUUUCAUCAAAGUGUGAGGACACGAGGAUAAGAUUUUCAGUGCUGGUAAAAAGAUUUAGUGAGUUUUUCGUGUAAUCUCGAGGAAUAAGGACAAAAAGGAAAAGAAAAGGAAAACGAAAGAUUUCGAGUUAAAGAAAAUAAAAGUAAAUUGUAAAAUAUAGAGAGUGAAGGUUUAAAAAUUCUUGAUAAAAGAAAUUGAAACGUUAAACGCGUGCCAGAGUGAGAGACGCGUGGAUUAAAGUGAAGGAAGUACGGGAGGAUAUAAGAUUAAGGGGUCACCGGAUUAUCAGCAGUCGUGGUACCGAGGCUUUCAUGAUUCCCGCUUGACGUCUCGACAACAGCCCACCCCGGCGCCGGUGAGCUCUAUGACCAUGCUCCAGUCGCAAAAGCUGUAUAGCGAGGCUGGCAGUCUCGGUGGUGCCAUGACGAGCGCCGCGAUGUCCAGCAUGGGCAGCAUGGCACCCACGUACAGCUCGAUCAAUUCUAUGGGCUGCGUGUCUAUGGGAAUGUCGAUGGGCGUUGGAGUUGGGCCGAGUUGCAGUCCUCAGGGAGCCGGCGGAUUCAACAUGAGCACGAUGAGCUCGGCGAUGGGGAUGGCUUCCAUGGGAGGCGGUGGAAUGGGCGGCUAUGGAGGUACGUCAAUGGGUGGCGGUGGCGCCUGCAUGAGUGCCGUUGGUUAUGGCCCUUUAACGCCGGGAGGUGGUACCGCCGUAAGCCGAGAUCCAUUGUCGUUAGCCGAGCCGGACUCUCCGAAUUCUGCCCUUCAGCGUGCACGCACCGACAAAUCUUAUCGAAGAAGUUACACGCACGCGAAACCGCCUUACUCCUACAUUAGUUUGAUCACCAUGGCGAUACAAAACGCGCCGACCAAAAUGCUCACGCUAUCGGAGAUUUAUCAAUUCAUCAUGGAUUUGUUCCCGUUCUAUCGGCAAAAUCAGCAGAGAUGGCAAAAUUCGAUAAGACAUUCGCUGAGCUUCAACGAUUGUUUCGUCAAGGUACCGCGAACGCCCGACAAACCGGGCAAAGGUUCCUUCUGGACGCUCCACCCGGAGAGCGGUAACAUGUUCGAAAACGGUUGUUACUUGCGCCGUCAAAAAAGGUUCAAAGACGAAAAGAAAGAGUUGUCGAGGCAAAAUAACAAACACCAACAACAUCAACAGCACCACACGGCGGGUGCUGCGGUCGCUGCCGCCGCCGCUGCUGCAGCCGCUGCAGCCGCCGCCGCCGGUCACAACAGCCCUAAUUCUCACGAUCUCGGACAUGGCGGCAAGAAAACGCCCUCGUCCCUUCAUCACGCUCCGCAACAACAGGACGACAAAGACCUUCAUUCUUUGGUCUCGUCCCAUCAUCACCAUCACUCGGCGGCCGGUCUUCAUCAGCAUCACGCUGCUCUGAAAGGCGACACCACCGAUAUCGGUGGAUUGUUAGGACCAGAUCUCGGUACGACUCACGACGAGCUUACGGCUAUGGUCAGUCGUACUCUUCAUCCUCACUUGUUGUCCGAUCCGGCGGCUCUUCAUCACGGCAUGGCAGGUAGCUUGAAACAAGAGCCACCUUAUACGGCUGCCAGCCACCCGUUCAGCAUUACCAGGCUAUUACCCGGUGCAACGGCAGGAACUUCGCCGGGUGCUCAAGACACGAAGCCGCCAGAGAUGAAGAUGUACGAUCAGAUUCAUCAGAGUUACGCGAAUUUCAGUUCGCCCCAUCAUCCGCACGCGCAUUCCGCGCCGCCGAGUCAUCAUCAUCACAACGGGAUGCAUGCUGGCUCGAACACCGGCGGGGGACCCAUGCAUAAUAUGACCAAUCACCAUCAUCAAGAGUAUUACCAGAGUCCUUUGUACCAUCACGCGACCAGCGUGAGUACCAGCAGUGCGCCUCCUCCCCCGUCGGUAGCGACGGCGGCUCCGGGAUUGUGACAUCACGCUACCCACCCCUACGCCUUGGCUUGAGUCGCUGCCGUUGCGGCCUAUGCCGCUGGUAGUACCGUCGCUAAUUUAACCCAUCAUCCUCGGACAAUUCUCGACGACGUUUUUCCUUCAUCGCCACCGCCGUUGCCGCCACCACCACCACCGCCACAGCCACCGCCACCGCCACCGCCACCACCAUCGCUCCCUCCUCGGUCUUCCUCUUCGUCUUCUCUCCCACAACAUCAUUAUCAUCAACAAGAACAGCAGCAUCGUCGUCGACGUCGAUCCGACGAUAGCUCUUCUUGGCUAGACGAGUACGACGAAUACGAGGAAGAUGAAGAGAACGACGAGGCGGAAGGUAUCGCGUGAAAAGGAGACUCUGAUUCGAUCCAAGGUACGGCCAAAACCGGUAUUCGAACAAUGAUCUCGAAAAUUCUCUUUUCUAUCGCAAAUCACACUUCGUUUUGAUCAUUUUAUUAUCUUUCCAUCCUCUACGAUACGUAUUGUUUUACUUGGAAAGUAUGACGCGUCGGCGGUCAUUUGCGAUUUAUUUCCCUUGCUUUCCUUAAUAGUUUUCCUCGUCCUCGCGAAAAAAAGUGAAAAAGCCUUGGACUUUGAUUCACGCACGUUCGAGUUGCUAACUCGCGGCAGGGUGUGUGUUGAUGAUGAUGAUGGUGGUGGUGGUGGUGGUGGGUGGUAGUGAUGAUGACGAAGACGAAGGUGGUGCUACUGCUGCUGCUACUACUACUACUACUACUACUAUGGAAUUUUAAAGGCAUAAUUAAUGAUCAUGGGUGCGUACGUCUAAUCGAUAAAUGUAUACAUUGCAAAUUGCAAUCGAAUGGCAAAACCAAAAAAAAAAGAAACGGUGCGAAAGUGUCUCUCCGAUAUGCGACCGAUUAGCUUCGAACAUCGAUAUUCGAUAAAUAUCUAUACAUAUAUCACUGUAUUGGUCGCGUAAACGUGAAAACGUUAUUUAUGUUUUCACCCUGUUGGAUAUUAUUGCGAGGACAAUAUUUUCGAUUCUAUAUUUACACGCGAGACGAGACGAAGAAGAAUAUGCUUUGACGCGAGCUUAAUAAAGAAUUUUAACGGUUAGUCGAACCAAGAGAUUAAUAUUAAUAAUAAUUAACAAGAAAGAGAAAAAGAGGAAGAGAAGAUGAUGAUGAUGAUGAUAAAGAAGAAGAAAAAGAGGAAGAAGAAGAAGAAGAAGAAGAAAAUAAUAAUAAUAAAAGAAGUAAAACGUUGUUGCCACUGCGAUUACAUUUAACCGAUAAUGCAGACGAUGCUUUAUAGUUUUUGCGAUAGUUUUAUUUCGCGCACAAUCGUUCCUCGAGCCUCCGUCCACGAUCCUGUACUUACGUAGCAUGGAGUGGUAUACAACGAUUCUUAUAGACGCUAGAAUUUAAAUAGAAAAGAAGCUCGUAGUGUGCUUUACUUUCAAACUAAACGAUCGAGAGUUGACUGACCAUCGAUCGCGAUUCGUCUUCUUCGACAAUUAUUUAACUCGUUUCUUUUUUUUCAAAAAUUUUUCAUUUUCAUUCGACUUUCCGCUCAAACUUAUUUCUCUUUCUCUAUCAUUUGUCUCGAUGAUUUUCUAAUCAAUCACUUAUAAGUAUAGAUAUAUAUAUCAAAGUAUGGGAAAAUGUGUGCGAUGCUUUGCGUAUACGAUGCGUGAAAAAAGAAAAAGGAAGCUUUUCAUUGAACGUAACUUCGAGCGAAUGCGAUGUUCGAGUAUCGAUAUUACGAUUGGUAUUAUCAAGCGACAAGAAAUCUUUCGAUCAAGAAAUCAUUUACCGAUUAGUUAUUUUCUACGUAUAUUUAUUAUCGUUUGUGUUUAGAAAAGCACGCUCGCUUAUUUUCGGUCGUUGAUCUCGAUUUCGCGCGUCACACUUAUCGCCAUCGGUCUCUAAUACUACUACUACUACUACUAUACUAUUAUUACUACUACUACUACUAUUAUUACUACUACUAAUACUAAACUACCGCAUAUUUUCAACGUAUAUCGUGGUGGAUGAUCUUAAGGUAUAUGUUAAAUCAACGAUUUAUAUUGUUAUCGCUCUUUGCGAUCAAACGUUCGAUAGAAAUCAAUGGCGAUAAGAAGAAAAAACGAAGAAAAACAAAAAGGAUGAAUAUAAAAUAAAUAAUAUUAAUAAUAUAUUAUUAUAAUAAUAAUAAUAAUAAUAAUAAUUUCGCUCGAGUUCGUUCGCACGAGGAUGCAUCUUCGAAAUGAUUCGACGUUGAAUUACAUAUGCAAUGUUUGUAGCUGUUGUCGUCUAAGAUCUAUCGAAGAAGCAUUAUCGUAAUGAUAGCGGGAGAAGAAGAAAAAUAAACGAAAAGAAAAUGAAGAGAGGUAGAGGAUUUAACUUGAGCAAUGUUACCUUGUACGCCUAUGUAUUUAUAACGUUUCGGUGAGUUUAUCGAUCAUUAUUACAUAAUAUCAUCGUUCGGCCGUCGUUCAGAAGCCGUUAUCUUUUUAAGCGUGCUCGUAGAAGUUAUAAAACCUAAACGUUGGUACAACGAGAUCGUGAAUAUACGGUGUGUAUCGUCCAUACCAAAUAUACAAUUAUUAUAAUUCACAAUCGGUCGGAGACACGAAGCAACUGUUCAAAAAAUUAAUUCAUUAAUUAAUUAAAUAGAAAAAUAUACAAAGAAAAGAUAAAUAAAGAACAAGACAAAA